GUGAUUGGCUUAUCGCAAACAUGGCGUUGAUGAGUAAAAUGGCGCCGGCGGCGGCCUGCGCCUGUCGUAGCGCAUUUUUGAAGCCGUCUACCAGCGUUAUUCCUGCUAUUAGAAGCUCCCAUGCCGCCGUAUUCCGAAAACGCCCGGGACAAUUGAUUGUUAACAGAAUCAAGGAUGUGUGCCACUUCUAUUUCAUCGGAAUCGGAUUCCUCCCAGUGCUUUUCUGUCUCGCAUACAAUCACAUCGUCUACGGAACUUGCGAAUUGAAGGACUAUCCAACAGAAGGACCAGCUCCACAUCACUGGCAAUUCGAACGUACACCAAUUCGUCAAUGGUGGGCUAAAUGGUUCGGAGUAUCGGAUGUUGAGCACCACGAAAGAAAUCUCGCUUACUAUGAGAAGCAAGGAAUUCUUGCCAGAUGGAGGCAAAUCGAACAACGUGUUAAGCAUCUUGAAGGUGAACGUUGGGAUUACAAGGGAUGGAGCUAUCAGCCAGUGUCUUCCACCUGGGUCGAUUAUGGAAGAUGGCAUGCUCUCCGCAUGAGAGAUCAAUACGAGCAACACGGACACUAUGCUCAGUAAUUCUUCAUCAACGCCUUCCCGCAAUGGUUGUUUGAAUCGAAUUGGCAGUUUCUACGUGUCAGCGCAUCCGCCCGUCUUCCUUAUCCAUCCUUUCGAAUAGUUCCUUCUUUUUUCUAAACGUUUUCGUUUUUUUUUCAGUGCUCUUCUCAUUUGUUUUUCUCUGUUUUUUAGAGUGUAAAUAUUCUCUCGCGAAAGUGCACUUAGUGAAUUUGUCUUUUGAUCCGAAUUAAAUAAAAGUUGAAGUUUUU